GAUCUCUGAUAAAUGUUUGGAACAGCAAAAACAUUAAGAUCUCUGAUAAAUGUUUGGAAUAGCCAAAACAAGAUCUCUGAUAAAUGUUUGGAACAGCAAAAACAAGAUCUCUGAUAAAUGUUUGGAACAGCAAAAACAAGAUCUCUGAUAAAUGUUUGGAAUAGCCAAAACAAGAUCUCUGAUAAAUGUUUGGAAUAGCCAAAACAAGAUCUCUGAUAAAUGUUUGGAAUAGCCAAAACAAGAUCUCUGAUAAAUGUUUGGAACAGCCAAAACAAGAUCUCUGAUAAAUGUUUGGAAUAGCCAAAACAGGAUCUCUGAUAAAUGUUUGGAACAGCAAAAACAAGAUCUCUGAUAAAUGUUUGGAACAGCCAAAACAAGAUCUCUGAUAAAUGUUUGGAACAGCAAAAACAAGAUCUCUGAUAAAUGUUUGGAACAGCAAAAACAAGAUCUCUGAUAAACGUUUGGAACAGCAAAAACAAGAUCUCUGAUAAAUGUUUGGAAUAGCCAAAAUCAAGAAUUCCAUACUUGGAAAAGGCAAAACACAUUUGACUUGUUGUAGGCCUGGUUGACUUCAUUACCCCAUAUCCUGUAAAAAUGUUUGUUUGCAAUUAGCCUUUCCGAGUUCCCCCGCGCCUCUGUUUCAAAACGAGAGUAAGUGCUCAGUCUUUGAUAUGAAAAUGAUGUUUUAUUCUCAUUUUCAUAAGAAAGAUUGUGCACUUGGCCUCAUUUUGAAAGUGAGGGUUUUUGAAACUCAAAAGUGGCCUAUUCUGUUGAUUGCACGCAUGACUAGUACGCAAUAAACUCAUGCCCCCGAUCACCAACACUUUGAGGUCUUAAGCUUUUCAGCUCACCCCAACAACGUAUAAUAUUUAUUACAAGUUGUACAGUUAUCAAAACAAAACUUUGUAGGCCCAGGCGUACCGGUCUACAUUGUAUGGGGUGGCAACACCCCUGCCUGUGGGCAGGGCGUUGAAUUGCUCUGGGGAGAGGUUUCAAAACUACUUGCUUUCGUGUGGAUGGAAGACCGAGUUCAUAUAAAGUCAUCAAUGCAAGUAACCCUGGAGGAUGUCUUUUAGGUUCAGAGCCCCUCUCCAAUCUGGAUUUUCAGAGCUGUUAACCCCUCUCCCUUGCGCAAGAUUUUCCUGCGUGCCUUCCCUUGGGGGAGUGUGGAUUUCCUGGAAUAACCCAAUACCAGUCUAUUGUCAAGACCUGUCAAAUUAAUGUUCCAUAAUAAUAUUAUUGAUCAUGACACACUGGAAUUCAUAUGUGUUACAGAUUUAUUAGCCGAGGGACAAAAUAUGGGUUCCCCUAAAAACGCCUGCGUGCGAGGCUACAGAUUUAUCUGCUAUAAUUGUUAUUCUAUGUGCAGAUAAAUUCAAUUGUACAGUCAAGACAGGCCAGAGUUAGCUUUAAUACAAGUUGGUAAGUUAAAAAUUGUAAAUUGUAAUAGUAAUUUGUAAAUUGUAAUUUGUUUACCUAUGGACCACUUUAAAGUUCUUAAGAACUCAAUGAAACUUGUCCGUGCAUUCCAGAUCGAAUUGGAAUUUUGAAGUGUUGGUUUUUAAGGAGAGGGGAAAACCGGAGUACCUGUGAAGGAAAACCUCUUGGAGCAAGGGAGAGAACCAACAACAAACUCAACCCACGUAUGGUAUCGAUGCCAAGAUUCGAUCCCGGGCCACAUUGGUGAGAGGCCUGUGCUCUCACCAAUGCGCCACCCUUGCUCCCUAAUUCCUACAUCUUCACAGUGAGCCACAGGCUAGCCAGUGAUAUAAUUUAAGAUAGGUGAAGUCUGAAAUUUCCCUUUCAGGGUCAGCUCAGGAGCCUGUCAGGAAAUUUUUUGCAUGCAUUGUUAAUGAUUGAUAUUAAAUAACUAUGUUUGAUUUUGUGACUGUUUAUUGCAUUUUAAAGGCUUGAAGAUUUACAUGAAAAGAUUGUGAUGGAAACCAUGGGUAUGUGAAAUUACAUGUCUUUCUUGCGUGGAUUGCAGAUGAGUUAAUGAUACUCUUCUACAUGUACACUGUAUCAUUUCUCACACACCUUUAAUUCUCAGACAUCCAGAAACAUUUUUUGGGCUGUCCUCACCCAAUGAAAGCAAACAGUCCAUUUAAUUCAGAUUAACUUGUUGUCAACUAUCAGAAGUUUCCUAUACAGUCCAACCUCCAUGUGCGACCACCUUUUGUAAGCGAUGAACUACCUCCCAUGAGCGAGCACUUAUCUAAAAAUACCAAAAUUUUCUCAGUCAAAGCCUUAUAGUUUGUACCUUUCAUAAGCUACCACCUCUUGUAAGCGACCACGGCCACUUUUUAGAAUGACGGGUUUAUUGUUUUUAACCUGUUCUAAGCGACCACCUGAUACAAUGAUCUGAUCUUUUUUUUCAUUGUAUGUACAGUACUACGCUACUCAGAUUAUGAGAAGAACUUUUCGAAACAACAUGGAUUUAUGUACAUGUACAGUGUAUAUUGCUACCUAAAAAUUGCAUGUAAUACAUUCUCUCUAAAAAUGAACUGUGUCCAGAUGUCUCUUCGUAAAAGACCUCCUGCAGUUCGACUCUCGUAAGCGACCACUAACUCUUCUUAUUUUGGAUGGUCGUUUAUGUGACGUUGGACUGCAUGUGAAAGAAUUCCAAUGUUUUUAAAAAUAAAAAUCCUCCAAAAUCUCCUCGUAUCUCCUAGCACCUCCAAAAUAUCUUUGUCAAAGACCUCCUCCAAAAUCUCCUCAUAAAACACCUCCUAAAAAGCUUAAAUCCUCCAAAAACGCCUCGUAAACGACACCCUGCUGUUCGACUCUCAUAAGCAACCACUUCCCGUAAGCGGCAACUAACUUUUCGAAUUUUGAGUGGUCAUUUAUGGGAGUUUGGACUGUAUGUGCAUAAUUCCAAUGUUUGGAAAAGCCAAAGUCCUGAAUCACUUAUGAGAGGGGUUCGACUGUAUGUGCAGGAAUUCCAAUGUUUGGAAAAGCCAAAAUCCUGAAUGUCAGUGUUAGGAAAAGUCAAAAUGUAGAACAGCAAUGUGUUAUUUUUUUGUUUGUUUGUUUUUAUUCUAGCCAAACGCAUCACUCCUCUUGUGUGUAAUCCUGGACGCAUCAUGCUCACUUCAUCCAGACUUUACUUUCAACCUUUUAACAACGCAGACCCAGUAAGUUGUGGAUCUUUAAUCUUUAUGUAUUCCUGGUUGUGAUGUAACUGCUGUUGGUCAGAUACGAAGUACCACAAAAGUUGAUUUACUCCCUAAGUACUUAUAUCCUUCCUCCAGACUUUUCAUUUGAGGAGUCUAACACAAACAUACCGCUGUGGUACAACUUUUUUUUUUCUGCAUUUUAAAACUUUACGUACAAAAUUUAAUGAUUUUUGUUUGAAUACCCUAACGCAGUGUUUGCUUUGUGCAGAAGUUUCUCUAAACUGUAACUUGUAGGAAGGUGUGUCCUGGUGCCAACGGAAAAGCCCCCUGGAAGUUUCGAAAACGAAGACCGAAGCACGAAGCACCAAAUCUCGAGAACGAAGCACCCAAAACUCGAAAACGAAGCACCCAAAAACUCGAAACCGGUCUGUCCUUUAUAAACACGAGACUAGUCAGGUGUGAGAAAACCGCAAACACUAACGGAAAUUGAUUUUCCUUUUGUUGUAGUUGAAAUUUUGUAUGAAUUUUAAUGGGUUGCUUACACGUUGUUGUAGUUGAAAAAUAUUAUUGUUCGUUAGAUGCCAUUUGAUUUUUUUUAUGCUUUUUAUCUAUUUCAACCGGCUGCGCCGCCUCACUGAAUAAUAAAAAACGCAGCACUAAUGAGGACAAGUUUUAAGAGUGAGAUUUGUUUUUUAACACUUUCACCACUGAUCACGUUGCCUUUUUCACAGCUCUGCAAUUUUUUAAAUUAUUGCGCAAGUUAGAUCAGUCUCGCUGAGUCUCCUGUCGGUAUGCGCUGAGUAGAACUUUGAUUAUGGAGUUUAAAGUGCCUCUUGUCAAACCAAGAACAACUGUUGAUUGCUCUGGACUACCAGUUUACGACUUUUCAAAAUUGUUUAACAAAGAGGAGAUAGGAAAAGGUGCGUAUGGAGCAGUUCUCACAGCAGACUACCCUUUCAAUGGUAUCGACACGACGACAAGGGUCAAGAGUUGCGAGUUUUGGGUGCUUCGUUUUCGCGAUUUAGGAGUCUUCGUUGUCGAGUUUUGGGUGCUUCGUUUUCGAGUUUUGGGUGCUUCGUUUUCGAGAUUUGGGUGCUUCGUGCCUCGGUCUUCGUUUUCGAGUGCUUCGUUUUCGAAACUACCCCCCCCCCCCUGCCGACAUUUUGAUGGUCUCAGGAUGUUCGUUUUAAUCUAGGGACUGCUGAAUGUUCUAACGUGUUUUUUAGUAAUACCAAACAUUUCCUUGUCCUCCACAGUGUCCAGUUGUUAAAUGCAAACUAUCCAAGAUAUGCAGAGUUGUCAAAAGAAGAUAUCUUCUCAGACAUGUGGUGUGUUUAUCUUAUUCAAUUUAAAUUGAUACUCUCCGAAGUGUUUCGUUAUAAUUCAAAGAUCCAGAUUGAAUGGAGCGUUUUCUCUCACGUGGCUAGCAUCUAUGUAAAUUUUUUGGAACAAAUGAAAGCUUUUGCAUAAGAAAAGAGUUCAACUCCCACAGGAUUGGUUUGGAGCACCAAUCGCUGCCAUUUCAUUGUCUUGAAACACCAAUAUGGCCGCCGUGACGUCAUGUGAAACCGCUCUACGAGCCAUUUAAUUGCACGGUGGCAUCAUUUUACUACUUCUGUGCAAAAUAGGAUUUUGGUUAGUUAAACCUCACUGGGAUUACCAAAUUUAAACAUGAAAGAAAGACCAAAAUGAAUUCCGGUCUUUAUUAGCAAAAAAUACGUCAUUGUUUCAAAUGGCGUAUUAGAAUUUGAAAUUUUGAGUUUUUGAAGAGAUGAGGAAACCGGUGUAACUGGAGAAAAACUGCUCUCGGAGCAAGAGAAAGAACCAUGAACAGACCACAUGUUGCCUGAACUCAGGUCACAUUGGUGGAAGGCGAAUUCUCUUACCACAGCAAUGCGCCAGGCUUGCUUCCCAUGUGUCUGCUUUCUCUCGUGGCCGCCAUAAAUUAUUCUAGGCCUUGAGCUUAAGUUAUUAAUGUCUUUUUGUUUCAUCCUUCUUGUUCCUAGGGUGUGGAGGUAUUUUCAACCGAUGGAUCUCAUAUGUACUUGAUAUUCAAUUCUCCAAAAGAAAGAGAUUUAUUUUAUGAACAAAUUGUUCAGCAGCCAGGUAUGCGAGUUUAUACCAAAAACGCGGGGUUUGUGCUCUGCAUUGAAAAAAAAAACCGAACAAUAAUAAAUUAUACUAUUAAAGGGUUGUAAACAGUUUAGGAAAAUAAAACUUACGAAAUAUUUCCUUUUAUGUCCCGGUUCCUCACCGUAAGAUAUUUCUCAUUUCGGUGUCCUUUUUUAAAAAUAUGGAAACUUCCUUUUAUAUGUUAGCAGUAAUGCAAGCCUUAACUUAAACAUACUUAUAUCAUACUUGCAAGACAUGAUAAUAUCUAGUGAUACGUGUUUUGACGACCACCAUUUAUGCAUCGCUUUUUGAAAAAUCUUUGUAGAAGUUGAGUUGGAGGACACGAGACAAGAGAAUAUGACGUUAAGAUGGCAAAAUGGAGCAAUAUCAAAUUUUGAAUAUCUAAUGUACCUAAAUAGGUUGGUAUUUAUUUUGUUUUAUUCUAAGUACAACAAUUAUCGUGACAAAAGAAUCUAUUUUGGAGUAACUACAUUGUCAGUUUUACUCACUAGACACAGGUGCUUAUCCUGAUAAGACAUGUGUGAAGAGAAUAGGGUGUCACUUAACACACUGCAAGCUUUAGUGUAGCUCAUAUUUUAUUUUGGCAUUAUUCGAUAGGAGUUUAGUGAUGUUGAUCUUAAGUACGGGCUGAAUAUUUUAUUAAUGGCCUGUUUACAUGGAGGUGGGGGACACAAGGUAGGUAAGGUAACCAGCUUAGGUGGGGUAAGCUGCCUGUCCACAUAAUCUCUCAUUUUAAUUUGAUCACGUUUACAUGAUAAGUGGAGUGACCUGCCGCGGAUUACCUCACCUUUCUGGAAUCCCCCCCUCCAUGUAAACUGGCCCUUAGUUUGCUCCAUUCUUCAGUUUUUUGGCUACAAAAUCUUCGCCCUAUGUAACGUAACACAAGACGGUGUUGGGUUCUGGAUUCCACGCUAUGGAUCCCUUUGUCAGUGGAAUGGAUUCCGGAUUAAAAUCUUUAGCGGGAUUCCACACUCCUUGAGCUGAAUUCCGCAUUCCAGCAUUUCACAUUCCACUUGUAAAAAUUUCUUGGAUUCCGGAAUACGAAUUAGCUUACAUGGUGAAAAAAUCUAGAAUCUGUUCAGGGUUAAGUUGCUACCAUUUUCAAUCUGUUCCUUUUUUCAGUUUAGCAGAUAGAAGUUUUAAUGAUCUAACACAGUACCCAGUAUUCCCUUGGAUACUGGCAGAUUACAAAAGUGAAGAGUUAGGUAAGAUGUCAUUGAUAAAAAGGUGGUUUAGACUUAACAUUUUAGCUACCAUUUAAUCAAAGGAAAACAUAUUUUUAGGGCCUCUGCGAUGCAAUGAUUCUCCAGCCGUGGGAGGCUGUGGCAUUUGACUACCAACAAAGUGUAUUUCCUCAACACUGUGUUUUAUGGCGAAUGAUCCCGUGUGCCCUCUAACGACUACGUGAUAAGCACAUUUACUUCAAUUAGAACGUGUGAAUACAACUGCCUCUCUCUUACUCCUCGUCGUUCAAACGGGACGUCUUUCUCGCGAAACGUCCUCAAUGACGGGGAGCGAUGAGAGCUAGCUGCAUUCGCAAGCUACAUCAAGCUACAUCAAUAUUAAGGACUUUUAAAAACGAUAGAACUGUUACCCUAUUUGUCCAGGGAGAGGAAAUGGCGUUGAGCAACAGAGGAGAGGGUUUGUUGAUCGUGAUUGUUUUGGAAGUGACUGAGUCAUCGACUUCAGCUUGCCACCUGUUCGCGGCUCGCCGCUCUGUUCUCGGUGUAAGAGCGCCCUAUGAGUCUAGCAGGCACUUGAAAAGGAAUGAAAAAGUGUUUUAAUCGGUAGCUUCUUGCUUUCUCGCCCAACCGCGCGGAAUGUGUAUUCGGCUUCUGCACUUUUUUGUAGUUUUAAAUUCGGAAUUUCGGUAACUGUAAAGAGAUUGACAGACUUGAGAACAACAUUACUUCUUUUUUCUGUCCCGUGUAGAUCUGGAAAGUCCGGAAACAUUCCGAGAUUUAUUCAAGCCCAUAGGAGCCCUAAACGAAACCAGACUAGCACAGUUAAAGGUAUGACUGAGAGGCACGUGAUUGCUUUUAUUUGAAGAGUGGUUUCGUUUUGUGAUCCCUUUGGCUUUCCAUUGCUACUCUUCGAGAUUGGUUAAAUAAAAUUUCGUUUCAUUUUUUCAACCAAUCAGAAGUAAACCAGUCAUGACUUGCUCACGUGAUUCCCGCGUUUGACGCCCGGCUAUGUGUGUUUGCUUCGAGAUCUUGCAAACCAAAAGUAGUUAGAAAAACUGCAGUGUGUUCCGUGCUGUCUGAGAGUGUGUUGAAGAUUUUGGAGUACUGAGAUAAGAUGCAAUGGUUAUCAUUUGCUUAUUACCAAGAUUAUUCUUACAGUCAAUUUGUUCCAGUACUGACCUGUUUUCCCGACCUGUUAUUCUUGUUUUGUAACACCAUGUUACACUUCUUAUUUUUAGGAGAGAUGUAAGGAAAUGCCUGAUCCCAAGUUUUUAUAUGGCUCGCAUUAUUCCACUCCAGGAUACGUAUUGUAUUACCUUGUUAGAGUUGGUAAGAUAUUGAAGAUGUGGUUAACCCCUGGGAGAUAAGGCCAGGCAAAUAGUCCAUUUCCGAGUUCCCCCGGACCUCUGUAUCUAAACAAGGUUAAGUGCUCAACAUUUGAUAUGGAAAUGUUUUUCAUUCUCACUCAAAUAAAACUCAUUUUCACAAGAAAGGUUUUGCACUUGGCCUUCUUAUCUUUAACGAAAACUUUCCUCGCGACUCGUGACGUUACAGUUACAUACAGAUUAAAGGAAACGUUACUUUUCUUUGUUGUUGUUUUGUGGAGUCUGAGAAUCGGCGUUGUCGAUGGGUUGGGCUAAUUGCCGGGCAAAAGAUAUCUUCAGUUUUAAUGUGCAAACGAAACCUUCAAGUAGCACACAAUUCGUAUCGCUUCCACUUGUUUUGUAUACGACUUGAGAGGCCUUGUCGAAAGCCUGGUCAGUGGUUGCCCAAGCUAUAGCAAGAAACAAACAAGCAAACCAAAAAAAUGUUAUUGUCUUGGUUUGUCGGCUGAUCAUGAAUUAAUGUAAUCGGGAUCCACUUUCAACAAACUAAUUUGUAUAGGCGAUUCACAUAACUAAUUUCGUCUUAUGACCCGUUCACGCGAUAUCGAGUGGCGAACAACGACGAAUCUGUUCAUGUGGAUCGCCUAAAAAAUUAGUGCGUUGAAAGUGGAUCCCGAUAAUAUUAACGUUUUCUUUUUCUAUUGACAUAACAUGAAAUCAACUCUCUUUUAUUAAUUGUUAAAAACCGUGUUUCAUUUUUGUUCAAAGCUCCGGAGUUCAUGCUCUGCUUACAAGGAGGAAAGUUUGAUCAGCCCGACAGAUUGUUUAACAGGUGAAAACAUUAAAAAGUUCAUCUGAGUUGUCAGUCCAUGUUCUGAAAAGAUUGUACUUCUACAAGCAGAGCUCGAAAAAAACUUGAAUUCCAACGUCAGUCUUUUGGGCAAGCAGCUCCCCCUUUUUGCUUGCCCGCCCGCCACUUCUUACUCGUCUUCGUCAAUGCUUUUGUUAGAAGAUAACUUCCCAGGGGCGCGUUUCUCGAAAGGCCUAGUAAUUUUUCCGGCCCGAAAGCAAAUUUUAAAAUUAAAACCUGUUGAAUUGUAGCAGUUCCUAGCUCACAAGCCAUUCAAUUUUGCUUCGUUAACUGAUAGUUUCCAUUUAUCAUUUUUAAAGUCGUUGAAACUUUGAUCUUGAAUGCUAACCCGGCAAACAAAAAGCAGCUUUCCGGGCCAGAAAACUUACCGGGACCUUCGAGGAACGGGCCCCUGGACCUUUGUCCAUUAGCGAAGUAACUUAACCAAUAAGGAAAUCUACGUGUCCCUUACUAACGGAUGGGACUUUCAUUGAGCCCUGCAUAAUCUUAUCAGUCCAUUUGAGUGUUUAUAAUUAUCGUGUUUUUGGUAAAUUUUUCAGUGUUGCUGAAACGUGGGAGAAUGUGUUGACGGGACAUGCAGAUGUCAAAGAGGUUGGUAUAUAUUUAUGCUAAAUGAAAGCCCGGGGGGGGGGGGGUACUCAACGAAGUCCGCCCCGAAGUCCAACCCCUUUCCCUUUCAUAUACCUUUUUUGACGGGAAAGGUACCCCUUUGACAUUAUACCUUCUUUAGAACCCUGCUUCCCUUUUAAUGGCUGUAAAUACACCGUCUGUUUAACAUGAAUUAUUUCAGCCCUACCAAACGUUUUCUUGGCUCCUUCACAUCCAUAAAAUGCGUCUGUAAACCCUUUGUGGUACUUUUACAGACCGAAAUAAAAGAUUUCCGGGUCAAUUUAGGUCUCUGGGAAACUGCCCACCUACCCCUACCCUAAGCCACCAUUUUGUCCUAAGUGAGAAAUAAGUGUUAAUGUUAGCUUAAGGGAGGGGUAGGUGGGCAGUUUCCCAGAAACCUAAAUUCAUCCGAUUUCGCUACCCAUUCUUUUACACGAAUCCUGAUAAAGGUACCACAGGCCAUUAUAGAGAGUACUCCCCUCGCCCCGGCAAUGAAAGUGGCUGGCUGUUUUAUCUUGCACGGAUUAAUAAUCUUCUCGUGUAAUUUUACAACAGCUGAUUCCAGAGUUCUUCCAGUCGUCGGGCGAAUUUUUGUUAAACAGUCAAAACCUUCCACUGGGCUGUAAACAGGACAAGACAAAAGUUAUGGACGUUGAACUGCCUGUCUGGGCAAAAGGUAGUAAGAGAAGUGAAAUCCCAAUGAAUCGUUCCUUCUCAUACGUAAUACUGUUUGUUCUCAAGGCAACCACGAGUCAUUACCAUGGCUAUUAUCAUGGCUCUUUCAGUUUUGAACUCUUUAACCGUUUUACUCAAAAAAGUGGUCAAAGAAUAAAGUUCACUAAAAAUCCUGACAAAUAUUUAGUACCAUGUAAAAGUACUAUUGAAGAGGUUUCAUUUGACUGGUCAAAUCAUGGGAUUUGAUCCACAGAUUCAAAAGUUAGAACUCACUAAAAAUACCGUACCAUGUGAAAGUACUGCUGACGAGGAUUCAUUUGAAUGGUAACACUACAGGAUUUCAUCCACAGAUUCAAAAGGUAAAACAACAUGACAAAUAAACUGUAGCGUGAAAGUUCUGCAGAAGAGGUAACAUAUGAAUGGUAACAGGAUUUCAUCUGCAGACUCAAAAGUUAGAACUGCAUACUAAAUAAAUAGUAUCAUGUCAAAGUACUGCUGAAGAGGUUUCAUUUAAAUGGUAACACCACAGAAUUUCAUCCACAGACUCAAGAGUUAGAACUACAUACUAAGUAAAUAGUAUCAUGUGAAAGUACUGCUAAGAGUUAGUGCGACAAAUAAUCUAGCUGCAACCACUCCGGUAGACUUGCCACAAGUCGACUGGCUUGUUCUGCAUUUGCUCUUAUUAUUAUUGGCCUAUUUAUACAUUAUUGUCUUACUGUGGGAUUUCGGUGAUGUAAUUUCACACAUUUAUUAUUGAAUUGUUUCAUGUAGAUGCCGAGGAUUUCAUCAGAAAGAACCGAGACGCACUUGAAUGCCAGUAUGUUUCAGAAAGAUUACACCACUGGGUAGACCUGAUCUUUGGGUACAAACAAAGAGGGCACGAAGCGUGGAAAGCAGACAAUGGUAAUUUGUUCUGGGGGAGGAGACAGGGGGUCCAAACCUUCCGCCAUCCGUACCUUACAUUCCCGACCCCCGCCCUUUAAUCCUUUAGCCCCUUUUCGAUUCCGAAAUAUGAAGCAUUUUUUGUGUAAUUUCUCCUUACUUCCCCCAUUUCCCACCCUUUUAGCACACCCACCUCCCACUCUUCCCCGCCCCGUUUUCUCCCGGGCUCCCACUCCACCUGUCCCCCCUCCCACCUCUAAUAAAUGCAGUCAACUUACUUGUUCAGCGGUAUUGACCAUUUGGUAGGAUGCGCAGAAACCUCGACAAAAUUCAUCCCCCAAGCCACUUUCAUAGUGCCUGUCAACAUACCAUCAACCCAGUGUAGAACGCAAACUCCAAAUGGCCAAGUAAUAUUCAACUACAGAAUAAGUAGGUGGCUCUUCCAGCUUGACAGAAGCAAAAUACAUAAAGUAAAGACUCUGUGAAACCUCAGAGCUUGAAAUGGGAGGGCGGGGAGGGGGGAGGGGAUUUAUGAGAUGAGUGUUGUAGCUAGAAAUGUUCUUUUUUCAUUCCAGUGUUUUACUACUUGACAUAUGAAGGAGCUGUCAACCUUGACGGGUAAGAUACACUGUGUGUUGUGAACCUAAAAUCCAAACAAAUAAUGAAGUAAACUAAGGAAUCAAGUAAGAACGAAUUUAAAAAAGGAAAAACAAAAUUGAUAAAUAAAAACAAGUCAACUACAUACUAGCUAACGGAGAAAAUGACAAGCAAACUAAUAAACAAAACACGUAACGAACUUAACUUGUAAGGAAGUUAUUAUAACUAAGAUCACCCUUCGAGCAGAUGCUACAUUUUUGCGGUGUGGGCUCACAGCGCGAAAGUGUCGUCACUGCUCGCAGGGUAAACCAAGAUACACUCUAAACAGCUGAUUGACUGGCAAACAAGUAAACAAUCAAAGUAAUAAAAUAGUGGCAAGCAGUCAUCGUAACUAAACAAACUAGCUAACAGACAAGCUAACAAAACAACAAUGCAACAGUAGCAGCUUUUUAAGAACUUAUUAGAAAGCUGAGCCUGUGUUGCAGGCGUUUCACGGAGAAGGAAAGGAGGAUUUAAAGCGCACGAGUACACGAGGGACGCGCGAAGGAGGGAGAAGGAAGGAAACCUUCUUCCUCGCGCGCUUAUCGCGUUCUUGCGUGCCUUAAUUCGCCUUUUCCGUUCGAAAGCUGAACAUUAGUGUUCUUUUCUACUGCAGAAUUGACGAUCCAAAUGAACGUGCAUCGUUAGAAGCUCAGAUUCUUGAAUUUGGUCAGACUCCUAAGCAGUUGUUUACAAGCCCUCAUCCACAGAAACUGGUAAAUGAUUUUUUUUUUUAAGUUUUUCUUUCUACUUGUUGCGUGUCUUGCAGUGCACCAUAACGGAAGUGCGCUUUUUGUUUGUAUACUAGGUCACAGGGGUGAGUCCUAACGCAAGCACCAACCCCUCCCCCAUAAGUAGCAGUGUGCUAAAUGGAGAGAGUUCGAGCCAAACGGAUACUGAGAGUGAAGUUAGUGUACCAGUCAUCAAAGUCAACGGUAUGUACCUUCACUAUAACAAAAAUGUUCGAACGGAGAAACGUUAGAAAGAAAUAUGCCAGGAAACUUUUUCCGGCCCUACAUUUUCAGUAUACCGUCCAAAAAUCUUCUGAAUGAUGGUCAAUUUCGCGUUCUCAAGAAGUGCCACAGGAAAUUUGACUGCCUCGUUUACGAAAUGUUGUUCAUCAAAGAACUUUGGCCUCUGAGUGACUCCAUCAGUGUUAAUCUCUUUGUUUAACUUUUUUGUAACACAUUUUUAUAUGUUACUUCUCUGUCUAAGCGAACUAUUGUUUUCCUUGUAUUUAUAGAACAUUCAUACUGUAUUUUUUCCUUCAUAAUGACGUCAGAGAACGUCGAAACGUCGUAUAGUUUUAACUUUCAGUUUUUACGCACUUUUUUACAGCUAAACAUUUAUAUCGACAGAUAGACAAAUUUCAGUAUAAUUACGCAUCUUUGCAAUGGAUCGGUAGAUCGGUGGAUCUGCGGUAGAACACUAGAACGGUGGAUCUGUAGAUCAACGGAGCGGUAGAUCUGUAGAUCCAUAGAUCGGUGGAUCGCUAGGUCAGUGAAGUUGUAGAUCAAUGGAUCAUCAGUAGAUCGCUAGAUCGGUGGGUCUCUGGUAGAUCGCUAGAACGGUGGGUCUGUGGUAGAUCGGUGGAUCUGUAGAUCAAUGGAUCAGUAGAUCUGUAGUUUGGUGGAUCGCUAGAUCGGUGGAUCUGUAGAUCUGUAGAUUAACGGAUCAGUAGAUCUGUAGAUCGGUGGACUGCUAUAUCGGCAGAUCUGUAGAUCGAUGGAUCAUCAAUAGAUCGCUAGAUCAGUAGAUCUGUGGUAGAUCGCUAAAUCGAUGGAUCGGUAGAUCGCCAGAUCUUUGGAGCUGUAGAUCAAUGGAUCAUAACUAGAUCGCCAGAUCGGUGGAUCUGAGGUACAUCGCUAGAUCGGCCGAUCUGUAGAUCGAUGGAUCGCUAGAUCGGUGCAUCUCUAGAUCGAUGUAUCAGUGGAUGUUUACAUCAAUGGAUCAACAGCAGACCCUUGGAUCUGUAGAUCAAUGGAUCAGUAGAUCCAAAAGUUGGUCGAUCGCUAGAUCGGGGGAUCUGUAGACCGAUUGAUCGGUAGAUCACUAGAUCGGUGGAUCUGUAGAUCAACGGAUCAGUAGAUCUGUAGAUCAGUGGAUCGCUAGAUGGGGGAGUCUGAAAGAUCAAUGGAUCAUCAGUACAUCGCUAGAUCAGUGGAUCUGUAGAUGAGUAGAUCAGUCCGUCUGUAAAUCGAUGGAUCGGUGGAUCUGUGGUAGAUCGCUAGAACGGUGGAUCUGUCGUACAUCGCUAAAUCGAUGGAUCGGUAGAUCGCUAGAUCUGUGGACCUGUAGAUCAAUGGAUCAUCACUAGAUCGCUAGAUCGGUGAAUCUGUAGAUCGAUGGAUCGGGCAAUCGCUAGAUCGGCUCAUCUUUAGAUCAAUGGAUCAACAUUAGAUCGGUGGAUCUGUAGAUCAAUGGAUCAGUAGAUCCUUAAGUUGGUGGAUCGCUAGAUCGGGAGGUGUGUAGAUCAAUGGAUCAUCAGUCGAUCGCUAGAUCGGUGGAUCUAUAGAUCAAUAGAUCAGAAGUUCUGUAAAUCGAUGGAUCGGUGGAUCGCUAGAACGGUGGAUCUGUAGUACAUCGCUAAAUCGAUGGAUCGGUAGAUCGCUAGAUCUGUGGACCUGCAGAUCAGUGGAUCGUCUCUAGAUCGCUAGAUCGGUGGAUCUGUAAUAGAUCGCUAGAACGGUGCAUCUGUAGAUCAAUGGAUCGGUGGAUCUGUAGAUCGAUGGAUCGGUAGAUCGGUAGAUCGAUGGAUCGGGUAAUCGCUAGAUCGCUUGAUGUUUAGAUCAGUGGAUCAACAGUAGAUCGGUGGAUCUAAAGAUCCAUGAAUCAGUAGAUCUGUAGUUUGGUGGAUCGCUAGAUCGCUGGAUCUAUAGACCGCUGAAUUGGUGGAUCUGUAGACCGAUGGAUCGGUAGAUCACUAGAUCGGUGGAUCUGUAGAUCAACGGAUCAGUAGAUCUGUAGAUCAGUGGAUCGCUAGAUAGGGGGAUCUCUAGAUCAGUUGAUCAUCAGUAGAUCGCUAGAUCGGUGGAUCUGUAGAUCAAUAGAUCAGUAGCUCUGUAAAUCGAUGGAUCAGUGGUUCUGUGCUAGAUCGCUAGAACGAUGGAUCAGUAGAUCGCCAGAUCUGUGGAGCUGUAGAUCAAUGGAUCAUCACUAGAUCGCUAGAUCGGCGGAUCUGUUGUAGAUCGCUAGAUCGGUGGAUCUGUAUAUCGAUGGAUCGGGCAAUCGCCAGAUCGGCUGAUCUUUAGAUCAAUGGAUCAACAGUAGAUCGGUGGAUCUGUAGAUCAAUGGAUGAGUAGAUCCUUAAGUUGGUGGAUCGCUAGAUCGGAAGGUCUGUAGAUCAAUGGAUCAUCAGUAGAUCGCUAGAUCGGUGUAUCUAUAAAUCAAUAGAUCAGAAGAUCUGUAAAUCGAUGGAUCGGUGGAUCGCUAGAACGGUGAAUCUGUAGUACAUCGCUAAAUCAAUGGAUCGCUAGAUCGCUAGAUCUGUGGACCUGCAGAUCAUUGGAUCGUCACUAGAUCGCUAGAUCGGUGGAUCUGUGGUAGAUCGCUAGAUUGGUGGAUCUGUAGAUCAACGGAUCAGUAGAUCUGUAGAUCGGUGGAUCCCUAGAUCGGGGAAUCUGUAGAUCAAUUGAUCAUCAGUAGAUCGCUAGAUCGGUGGAUCUCCAGAUCAAUAAAUCAGUAGAUCUGUAAAUCGAUGGAUCGGUGGAUCUGUGCUAGAUCGCUAAAUCGAUGAAUGAGUAGAUCGCUAGAUCUGUGGAGCUGUAGGUCAGUGGAUCAUCACUAGAUCGCUAGAUCGGUGGAUCUGUGGUAGAUCGCUAGAUCGCUGGAUCUGUAGAUCAAUGGAUCGCUAGAUCGGUGGAUCUGUAGAUCGAUGGAUCGGGCAAUCGCUAGAUCGGCUGAUCUUUAGAUCAAUGGAUGAACAGUAGAUCGGUGGAUCUGUAGAUCAAUGGAUCAGUAGAUCCUUGAGUUGGUGGAUCGCUAGAUCGGGAGGUCUGUAGAUCAAUGGAUCAUCAGUAGGUCACUAGAUUGGUGAAUCUAUAAAUCAGUAGAUCAGAAGAUCUGUAAAUCGAUGGAUCGGUGGAUCGCUCGAACGAUGGAUCUGUAGUACACCGCUAAAUCGAUGGAUCGGUAGAUCGCUAGAUCUGUGGACCUGCAGAUCAGUGGAUUGUCACUAGAUCGGUGGAUCUGAGGUAGAUCGCUAGAACGGUGCAUCUGUAGAUCAAUGGAUCGCUAGAUCGGUGGAUCUGUAGAUCGAUGGAUCGGUAGAUCGGGGAAUCUGUAGAUCAAUUGAUUAUCAGUAGAUCGCUAGAUCGUUGGAUCUGGAGAUCAAUAGAUCAUUAGAUCUGUAAAUCGAUGGAUCGCCGGAUCUGUGCUAGAUCGCUAGAACGAUGGAUCUGUGGUACAUCGCUAAAUCGAUGGAUCAGUAGAUCGCUAGAUAUGUGGAGCUGUAGAUCAGUGGAUCAUCACUAGAUCACUAGAUCGGUGGAUCUGUGGUAGAUUGCUAGAUCAGUGGCUCUGUAGAUCAACGGAUCAGUAGAUCUUUAGAUCGAUGGAUCGCUAGAUCAGUCGAUCUGUAGAUCAAUGGAUCAUCAGUAGAUCGGUGGAUGUGUAGAUCAAUGGAUCAGUAUAUCUCUAGUUUUGUGGAUCGCUAGAUCGGUGGAUCGGUCGAUCGAUGGAUCGGUAGAUCGUGGAUCUGUAUAUCAGCGGAUCUGUAGAUCUUGAGAGCGAAAAAUCGGUGGAUCUGUAGAUCGAUGGACGAUCAGUAGAUCGCUAGGUCGGUGGAUCUGUAGAUGAGUGGAUAAGUAGAUCUGUAAAUCGGUGGAUCGCUAGAUCGAUAGUCUGUGGUUGAUCGCUAGAGCGGUAGAUCCGUAGAGGGGUUGGGAGAAUUCGAGACAGUUGUGCAAACCCGAGACGAACUCGAGGGUUUGCAUAACUGUCGACAAUUCUCCCAACGCCUCUCGUGUUUAUAUCAGGCUAUGAAAACACAGGGAAAAAGUUUUCUAUUGCUUUUAUAAAAUAGCUUUCCCGAGAAAAGACGCAAAACUCUUUGUAUGGCAGUGAUUACAAGAGAAAUUCUUACCAGUCGCAAAGUCUUGUCCACGAGGUCUUGCACGCGUAAUCAGUUCUUGUUUUGCAAAAACAUGCUUUCCAAAAUACGGACUCUUCUCGCUUAAAAUGUCAGCUUAAGCGAAAAAGAAUUGACACACUUUCUUUAUAACGACUUUUAAACUUGAAAACUUUUUCAAAUUCGUGCUUGCGUGAUUAGCGCGCGAAAAGCAAAACAUCUUGACGCCACAACCAUGUUUACAUACUCUCAUGCAAACACUCCUAUCAGCCAAUCAGAGCGCGCGUACUAUCUUAGUUAUUUUAUAAAUAUAUAUAUACAUAUAUAUAUAUAUAUGUUGUGUAAAAAAACGGUACCGUAAGAAAGCUGUUUUUUUACACUGAUAUAUAUUUGUAAAAAAACAGCUUUUUUACAAAAACAUAUUUUGUAAAAAAACGGUCCUACACUAAAUGUUGCUGGCGAAUUCAGCUAGUGUUCAUAUUAAAGUUGUUUAGCCUUUACAAGUGUUUUCGGGCUUAUUUCUCGAUCUCUAAAAUAAAACACGCAUUGCCGUACGUUACAGACCGCCUUUAUAGUCCCUAAUUGUUAUAAACAAAUCGGCUGCUGUUUUUAUGGCCUUAUAAAGUUGCUCUGUGUAUUGCAAAAAUUAGACUAACAAGCGAGUGUAUGUACGCUUGUAGCUAUAGACUAGUAUUUCCUUUUGCUUGAUUAGCCGACUGAACAUGUUCCUACAUCAUGUUGAAAGCUUAAAGUAGUAUUAAAACGCAGACAUGACAAUCUUGCAUGCAUCAACAUGGAUUUCAACAUAGCAUGAAUCCCGUGACAGAAGUUUAGCGCAUCAUACAUAAUACAGGAAAUUGCCUAACAAUUGCUGUCGUUGAUUCUUGCUGGAGAUUUUAUGCUAGAAAUGGAGUUAAAAUUUAUUUAUCCACUGCUAAGAGCACCAAAGCAUUAUAGCCAAGUAUUUUGUUGACAGUUAAACCGAUCAUUGCAGCUGAUAACCUUGGGAAAAUAGAUAAAUAAUACAGAACAAUAUUCUGUACAGUUUUCGGCUUGAACAAAAGUAGCAAUGAAGGAGAGAAUAGAAGUCUUUGGUUGCUGCAAGAGAUUGUGACAGGCAUUGCUUAUAAAUAAGACAGUGAAUAACCCAGCUAUUCUAUUAUUGCCUAACAUGCAGUUACUGCCGUGGGUGACCUCAGCCGAUAAGCAUAACAAAUGAAAUUACUGCCUGUUCCUUCUUCGCAUCCAACAAUUAGAAGGUCCUGGAAAAUUGAAUGACAAAGGAAACAAGCAGAAAUAAUAAAAAGAAUAAAAAGAACGUAAAUUUUUAACGCUGUCAGCGAGUUAACAAGGGAAUUUAAAUGCCCCACAAUAAAGGGGACACGGGAACGUGAACGUGACUAGCCGCACGAAAACUACAGUUCAAUAAAUUUCGAACCAUGCUAUGGAAAACAGCCUGUCUUCGAUAAAUGAGUUUGUCAAAUGGUCUAUACGUGUAAAAUAGCAGGAUUUUUACAUAAAAAAGGCAGCUUUCUUACAAAAAUACCUUUUGUAACAAAACAGAUUUUUUACAUAAAAAAGCAGUAUUUUUACGACCAAGUAACUUGUAAAAAAGCAGCUUUUUUACGUAAAAAAGCAGUAUUUUUACGACCAAGUAACUUGUAAAAAAGCAGCUUUUUUACGUAAAAAAGCAGUAUUUUUACAACCGCUCAAUUUGUAAAAAAGCAGCUUUUUUACAUAAAAAUGACGCUUUUUUACAAGGACCGUUUUUUUAUGCAACAUAUAUAUAUAUAUAUAUUUAAAGUGGUGUACUGAAGCUAUGUUGAUUUUGUCUUAUUUUCAGUUGAUUUUGAUGACGGGUUUAACCACAAUCACCCACAAUGGACAAACAUGGAAAAACUACAGCAGACAACAUGCCACAAACUGCACAAAGAGUGAGUCACUCCUUCACGAAUGUUCAGAAAUGACAUUAUUACUUUCCUUCUAGCUCGGCUCAAGUCUUUUCUAUUGUCUAUUUAGCACUCAGGCUUUAAUUUUUUUCCUCAGUUCUUCAUUUUAUUCUAUUUGUUGUCCUUUUAAAGAGCUGUCUCAUUGCACGUUGGACGCUCUGUUGGAGUUUGUGUCUUCUUCAUCACUUGUCUUUCACACCUUACUUCUCAGUUCCAUGUGUGGUGAAUCUUUUCUAACUGACAUCUUUACGCGCAAAAGACUUGUUUUCUUGUCGAAUUCAAUGCGUACUCUUUCCCUUGUAUUCGUAAAAAGGUAUUCAGGUUAAUAAAGAUAGUAAACAAUUGUUCACAAAUGUUCUAUCCAUGAAAGAUUUAAUUUUUGUUGACAUUGAUGCCAAUUGUGAUUUAGAUCAGAUGGUAAAUGAAUUAAACUGAAUGACCAACGAAAGUUAUGUUAAGAUUAGUACCAGUUGAGGUAAAUAAUUUAACCCAACUUAUUGAGCAGUCUUUCUAAAAUUUAAUCCGGUAAAUCUAAAUCAAAACAUUUUGGCAAAAAAAACAUUUUACGCUCAAGACGAGCUAGUCGAAAUUUCUGCUUCCUUUAACUAAAUAAAUAUUAAAAAACAAGUCUCGCCAAACUUUAAUUUAUCGCUAAGCAACUUUAGUGAGAAAAACAGUGGGCUCAAAAAGAUCUUCCGUAUUUCCCCGAAUGUGAUGUUACACUGUAUGUAUGUUAACCAAAUGUGUCCUAUAUAGGGAAGCUUCUUCUCCUUCUUCUUCUUGUUCUGUGAAUGUCAAUAUAACCAACAGUCCGCUUACUCAACACCGAAGGUUUGUGUUCUAAAAAUAUAACGUACAGCCAUGCAUGAACCAAGUUUAGUUAACAUUUUGUACUUUUUUAAAUAAAUCCAUGUAAUCCACCCAGAAGCCUUUGAUUAAUAAGACUAGAGCAGUGGUAAAACAGCUAAAAUAUCAAACUACUGCGAACUGUCUUGAUCUUUUACUCUUCGAAAACAGUUAUUGCUAUUAACAAUUAAUAUCCAAAUUUCUUUUUACAACCGCGAAAUAAAUAUAUCAAACGAAACUGCUGGAAAAAGGAACUGUAACGAAGGAGAAAAUUAAUAAACACCGUGACAAUUUUUCCUUCUUCUUUUCUUUAGCCUGUGUAGCUGGCGGUUUUGACGGAGAGCGCGCGCGAAGUGGCGGGGAAGCCGCCUUUUCCCCAUUCCCCUCGCUGCCAGUUACCCAGGCUACCUCUUCUUUUGCUCCUCACGUAGUCGUUUAUAGGGAAAGCGUAUUACCCUCCUCCCAGCAAACAGGCAAUCAAGCUUCCCCUACAAAGAACUGCAUAAGAAACUGCCUGUUCUUUUCUCAAGCUUUUUUUUCUUGUGUCGUGCAAGCUUUUUUUUUUUUCUUGUAUCGUGCAUCAUUUAAUACUAUAUUCCUAGAUCCCCUUUGUACUUGCUCUCGGGCCCCUGUUGUACAUAACUUAUCAGAGUUCCCAAAUUUUAUGUUCAAAAUGUUUUUUUAAAUACUUCUGCAUUGUGAUUGGAACACCACAGGGCGUGGUCUGCCAAUUUUAGAUCAGCGAAGUUGUGCGGUUGUAUUUUAUCCUGUUCCGUUUUUUGGUGUGUUAUUAUUUCUCAUAUUCUUCUUAUACGAUCCUUUUUUUAGCACGGUGACAUCUGUCAGAUUAUCGAAGGAUUGCAAGAAUGUCUUUUCUGUUUCUCAAGGUAACAAAUCCGAAAACUACACAUCGGUUUGCUUUUUUUCUCAGCAUGUAUUAAAUGCGUUUCAAGACAUGAAAUCUGUUAAGCGUGCUGAAAUAUAUAUGCCUUUCUUGGCUUAAUACCUUGCCGCAUUUUGGCGAAAUUAAGAGUAAUCAAUGAAAGUGAAGACGUACGUAAGAGACAAUCUCUGGAGUCUUUGUUAUAAUUAUUGUAAUUGGGUAUUUCUCGUUUCUGAUAAAAAGCUGUUUCUCUUGCUUUACAGACACACAACUUAAGAUGUUCUCGAUAGAAACCAGAAAGCAAGUUAGGGGAAUCAAUCUUUCAUCAAUGGUAGGUUUGUUUUGUUCUAUGAUCAAGGUAAACCAGUAGGAAAAUUAUGCAAUGUGCUGUGUGACGCACUGGUCUUGUUUUCGUUGAUCUUACGCUUUACGCUGCUUCUCCCUUUAGUUCUGCUGCGUCGAUUUGAGAGGCAGGGAAAGUAUUUCUUGUUGUUUCAUAAUUCGUGUCAAUGAGGAAUUGACGGUGUUGAGGGAAAAGAAAUACCGUUUCCCUACGGAUUACCUUUAAACUGUUUAAUAAAAGAACAGAUGCAGAAAAGGGUUAGGCGCUGUAGAUGCCACGAAGUUUUAAAAGUGAAAUAAGAGGAAAUGCCAAUUGACUUACAAUCCUUUUUUUUGUCCUUUUCUGAAGGCUCUUUCAUCCUGUGCCAUUAUGCCAGACUCCAAAACGAUAAUAGUGGGAUCCUGGGAUAACAAAAUGUGAGUAAUUUUUCUAUAAGCUAUUCUUUUUAUAUAUAUAUUUUUUCUGUGCUAUUAUACUGCUGAACGGCUACGUUUUGCAAAGUGUAGCUUGUCUAGAGCGGUUUGUGAUACCGAAACAAAAGUCACUACUCCUGCAAAUUACACGUUCUUUCAAUGAACCAAUCAGAAACAUCCACCUACAGCUGCUGCCAAGGGCGGGAAAACAAGUGGCUCAAGUCUUCGCAGCCAUUCAUAUCUUAUAGCAAAGCGUAACAAAAUCAAAUUGCCAAAUUACUCCGAACACCACUGAAAAUCGUUUUGUUGUACUUUAAAAUGCAGCUACAUUUAUUCCGUGGAGUAUGGGCGAGUUGUGGACACUAAGUCGGGGCAUGACGAUGCAAGUAAGUGUUAGUUAUUCGCGGAGUGAGUUUCUCAAAAACGUUUCAACACUGUGGUCAUGUAUAAUUCUGGGAGGCUUGAUGCACAACAUCUAGUAGCUCUACUUGCCUGAAAUGGAAAUAAGAACAUGCAACUCGUGCCAAGCGCGCGAAAACCUUGCAAGUAAGCACGUGAACACACACACACAACCUUAUUAACCAAACCGUGCAGUGAAGCUAUCCAAGUCAAUGGAGAGAAGUGUGACGUCAUGUUACCAUGGUAGCAAAAUUGCGGAUCACAACAAUAGGGAGCUUAAGACGACUGCUUUGGUCGUUUUCGUUCGAUAUUGAACGAUGCAUAUCUUCCUUCCUGGACGCAUUUAGCUUUCCGUUUAAGUUAAUAAAUUGGUAAGCAACUACUUCAGUAAAGAUAGAUCCUUCCAGCGAUACCUCAAUAGCGACACACUAAAGAGCGACAAAGUUUCAAACAGUGCGAGUUCACUUUUUAAGUGCCCUUUUUGGUUUGUUGCCAUCCAGAAAUUUUGCUACCAUGGCAACGUGACGUAACUACUUCUCUCUAUUGACGCAUGUAGUGUUACCUCGUCUAGGAAACGCAUCAUUUUGGACUCUUCUUUGCUUAAAUGUGUCUUAUGUGUCUUAAGUACUCAACUGUCCAUUGUGUUAUUUAUUGUAUCGUUUUAUCUCAUUUUAGUUUCAUGUUUGUGCUGGAAUGACGGCAUCCUAGUAACCGCUUCUUGGGAUUCUACCGUCAAGGUGAGCUUUAUCAGCAAACUUUUACUCCAUGUAAAAAAACCUCAACGAUCCUGUCUUAUCUCUUAGGCAAGUUAUGUCUCUUAGGUCCCUGAUCAACGAACUUGAAAAAAAUGGAAAUACAGUCGAUCUUGGUCGCUUACGAAAGGUAGUCGCGCGAGGACUUCCCGUAAGCGACCACCGCUGCAAAACACCAAAAUUGUCCGAGUCAAAGCCCGAUAAUGAGAACCUCUUGUUAACGACUCAUAAGCGACCGUGGACACUUUUUGGCCAGACUGUUUUAUUAUUUCCAUUGUUUUUUAACGUCUUGUAAGCGACUACUUGACACAUGGUAUGGUCUCCUUGUUCGCUGUAUGUACUAUACCGCUCAGCGUAUACGAACGACUUCCAGUUACAACAAGGAGCUACACGUAUACGUAACAUGGAAUUUGCAU